CGGCUGGAGCCGGGCAGGGGGAGGAGGAGGUGCUGCCGAAGCUGGGAGCGGAGCAAAGCCCGCGCAGACAGACCAGACAGGACGGGACGGGACGGGGUCGGGGCUGGAGAAGGAAGCGAGGGGCCGAGCCAGGUACCGGGGCGGGAGAAAGGAACGGGAAACAUCUGGAGCCCAGGGCAAGGUCCCAGCGGCUAAAUCUGGUGUGUCUCCGCCUGUCCCUCCUCUCCAUCUUUUUCUCUGCCCCGUUCUGCCUCUGGCUUGCCUUGUCCCCUACUUUUACAAGUUUCUCUGCCUCUGUCUGUCUCCGUCUCUCUUCAUUGUGUGUCUCACACAUUUGCCUCAGCGUCUCUGGGACCUGCCUGUUUCUUUCUUGUCUCCCCAUCCCCGUGGCUCUGGUUGUCUCUCCUUUCCAACUUUCUGUCUCUCUUUCACCCAGAUUUAGGUCCUUUGGAUGGGGGAACCAUUGCUCCAAGAGCCAGUCGAUCUGCCCAGAGCAGAGAAAUUGGAUAUGAAGGGCUAGGAAGCAGUGAUGAGGCCGGAGGCCUCCCUGUGGCCUGGGCUGGGCUGGGGCCGGAAUUGGGGAGGGAGUAAGAUCCAGCUGUUUGCUAUUAGCUGGGACUGGUUAGGAGGCCCUGAAACCCCAUCCUGUCUCAUAGCCCCUGGUUGUCCCUACCCAAGCCUUGAUAAGUCCCCUGCCCAAUCCCCUCAUGCUAUCCAUGAAGCUCAGCUCAGCUCAACUCAGCCCUUCUCUUCUUUCUCUCCUAACCUGGCCAGGUUUGGAUUCCCCCAGGGCCCUGGGAGCUGGGGGGUAGAAAAGGAACAGAAGCAGGGUCUCCUUAGCACACAGAAUAAAGCUCCCUCUCCCUAGAAGCCUAGUCCCUAAGGAAGGAACCAGCUUGAGACCCAAAGAGGGCUUGUCAUCCAACAGAGGGAAACGGGGAAGAAGAAACUGUCUUGUGACUUUGAGAACUGAACUCUGGUGUUCUAAUCUCACCCUGACAAUCUGCCUUUCUCCUUUAUCUCUCCACUUCAAUUUAGCAGCAGACCAAGAGGGUGGGGAUCCAGGAGACUCUGAAAAGUUCAGGUGGCAUCCUGCCAGGAAGUAGGAUAGAAUGAACCCAGAGCCUGUCUCUAGACAUGGCUGUCCAGGGCUAGAGAGAGGACUUCUUGCCCAAGAGAGUAUCCAUGUCCAGAGAGGGUGAACCAAACCAGGAAAGCUGAUUUCUGAGCCAAGGAAUGGGUUUAGGGACCAGGGAAAGUGACAUGUAAGCCUGAGGGAAGGCUGUCCCAGCAGGACGGGGCUGCCCAUGCCCAGGGACAAGAGGGACUGGAGGAUGUAGACAGAGAGUCAGAGACAGAGAGAGAAGUCGACAGAAAGACCUGGAGAGACAAAUCGACUCGGAGACAGAGACUGGCCGAGGAGAGCGGAGCCCCGGCCCCGGCCCCCCAUGUCUGUCUGCCUUUCCCUUCUGUGCCAGGAGGCUCUCGGGACCAGAAUCUGACUCCACAUUACGCUGGUGACCUCUGAGGAAGGGGAGGCUGAAGGAGAAGAGAUGGCCCAAAUCCUGCACAUGGAGUCUGCCUUCCCAGGGAAGCAUGGACCCACGUCCCCCACAGCUUUCCCAGGGAAGGAUCCAGAGCCCCCCUACUCGGUCGAGACUCCCUAUGGGUAUCGGCUAGACCUGGACUUUCUCAAAUAUGUGGAUGACAUCGAGAAGGGCCACACGAUGAAGCGGGUGAAUGUGCACAGACGCCCCCGCCUUGGCUCCCUGCCCCGAGGGACGGGCUCCUGGUGGACCUCAACUGAGUCCCUGUGUUCGAAUGCCAGCGUGGACAGUCGCCACUCUGCCUACUCCUACUGCGGCAGAGGCUUUUACCCACAGUAUGGGGCGCUUGAGACCCGAGGGGGCUUCAACCCCCGUGUGGAGAGAACCCUAUUGGAUGCCCGCCGAAAGCUAGAGGACCAGGCAGGGAGUGAGUGCAGCAGGUCACAGGCAGGUGGGCUGGGCAGCCUGACGCCCAGUGCAGCUGGUUCCACGAGCUCCCUGGCUGGGGCUGGGCUCCCCCCACGCCUCUCGUCUACCCACAACGGUGGCACGCCGCUGAGCUCCUCGGGGCUGUCCACGCCUGUGUCACCCACGCCAGGCCACCUGCAGCAUGUGAGAGAGCAGAUGGCUGCUGCUCUGAGGAAGCUUCGUCACCUGGAGGAGCAGGUGAAGCUCAUCCCCAUCCUUCAAGUCAAGGUGUCUGUCCUGCAGGAGGAGAAGCGACAGCUCAGCGUCCAGCUGAAGAGCCAGAAGUUCCUGGGUCACCCUGGGACCCGUGCUGGGGUUGGAGGCCGGGGCCGAGGAGAGCUGUACCUAGACCUGCUGGACUCCACUGAACCUUUCCCAGAUUUGGACAUAGAUGGGGAGAAGAAGGAAUGUCGCUCUAUAGGAGUGGGACCAGAGGAUGCCAGCACCCAGAGAAGCGUGGGCACGUGGGUGCGGGAGAGGGACCUAGGGGCGCCCGAGGGCCAGGCUGCCCUGACUGCCAAGAUCGCCGUGUUAGAAACCCAGCUGAAGAAGGCCCUGCAGGAGCUGCAGGUGGCCCAGUCACAGCAGCAGUCAGCUCCAGCAGCAGCACCAGCCCACGGUCUCACCUCUGCCCCCACAAGCCCCUCAGGGGGUCUUCCAGAGGCAAUGGGGGCACCAUCUGGCCGGUACAGCCCCGGUGACUCCCGGAUCUGGCCACCACCAGAUGGGCCCAUCAGGGUAGACACGGUGAAGGUGGUCCAGGUGCAAGGGGAACCCAAGAUUGCUGCCAGCACAGCCACAGGGACCCCUGCCCAACGAGCCCAAAGCCUGGAGCCUUCUGGUCCUGGAGGACUUCGAGCCUUGGUGACACGGAGUCCUGAGGGGAAUGCCAGGAGCCAACCCUCUCCAGGCGUACACUGCACCCGGGAGGUGGUGGAGACCACCUUCCCAGGCCCGAUCAUUCCCAUCGUCCCUGCCAGCCUGCCAACUAGCACCUUCCAUGUGGUGAAGAAGAUCAGUAUUACCACUGAGCCUUACCGGGAUGGGGAGAAGGAUCAGGAGACUGCCCCUGGCCGGGGCCCUGGAUGCAAUGGUCUGACAGCUCCCUUUAGGAGCCUCACCAAGCCUUCAGAGAUUCCCCCAGGGCCAACAGCCACCCUUCCUACUCAGACCCUGGGAGAGCCAAGAACAAUACCCACCAGUCACAGCUUCUCCAGGGACCAGAGUGGGAAAGUGACCCAGUGUGUGAAGGAAGAAGCUGAGGAGGAUUCCGCAGCCAUGCUGCAAACAGGGAUCAAGUCCAUCAUGAAGAGGAAGGAGACCAGCACAGACCCUGUGUCCAACAGGAAGAACCUCCAGUUCAUAGGUGUCAAUGGCGGGUAUGAAUCCACUUCAUCUGAGGAUUCCAGCACGGCUGAGAACUUCUCGGACAAUGAGAGCACCGAGAGUGAAUACCAUGAGGCCCACGAGGGGCUCCCUGGGGCCGGUGGCGAGGGAGGCCGGCCUAGAGGCUUCGUGGCAGAAGCCACUUGGGGAGGCAAGGCUGGGACCAUACAGAGGAAGGAGCCUGCGGCAAAGGCAGAAGAUGAAAUUAGAUUGGAGCUGAGCGCAGACCUAAUCUCUGCCUGUCUGACCCUGCAGAAAUACCUGGAGAGUCCAGAUGCCCUCACGGAGAAAGAGAUGAAAGCAGCAUACAGCACCGUGCUUCAGGACUGGCUGAAGCUCUCCUGCCACAAGGAUGCACACCCAGAGGUGGUCCGAAGGCACAUGGUCACCUUCCGGGCCAUGUCGCCCCAGCUGCUCCAGUUCAUCGUCAACAUGGCUGAUGGCAAUGGCAACACUGCCCUACAUUACACUGUGUCCCACUCCAACUUCCCUGUGGUCAAGCAGCUGCUGGACACUGGCCUCUGCAAUGUGGACAAGCAGAACCGAGCCGGCUACACGGCUAUCAUGCUGACUGCAUUGGCAGCCUUUCGGUCAGAGGGAGACAUGGACACCAUUCUGCAGCUGCUCAGACUCGGGAAUGUCAACUUCAAAGCCAGCCAGGCAGGACAGACAGCACUUAUGUUGGCUGUCAGCCAUGGACGGAUUGACAUGGUCAAAGCCCUGCUGGCUUGUGCUGCAGAUGUCAACCUUCAAGAUGAUGAUGGCUCCACUGCACUGAUGUGUGCCUGCGAGCAUGGCCAUGUGGAAAUCGCUCGUCUGCUCCUGGCUGUGCCCAACUGUAACAUAGCACUCACCGACCAUGAUGGCAGUACAGCCCUCUCCAUUGCCCUUGAAGCUGGACAAAAUGACAUCGCAGAAAUGCUGUACACACACAUGAACUUCACCAAGUCCUCGGGUCCCCCAAAGCAAGCAACCAUCAAGAGUGCAGCUAUUUCGUCCAACAACGCUCAAUAGAAGCAAUAGGAUCUGCUGGUAGGACGGAGGACACAGAGCAUCCGCAGUACCUGUCCAUCGGAGGGGAAGAAGGGAUGAGGAGGAAGAAACGCUUGGGAUGCUUGUCUACCCUUAGGGUGGGAAGCUAGCACUGACAGAAUCCUGAACCACCUCUUCCCAUCUUGUCCUUUAUCUCUGACUGCUUGGCCACCUUGGCCUGGGCUCCCUAAGGCCCAUGUCCAAAGAGAAAGUGGACUCUUUGGAAACCUGCUUCAGUCAGCAAGGAAGAACAUGGUGCCAAGUGGAAGAGUUUGCAAUUCUUAAUGCUUUUUUCCUAUAUUUUCCCAAAAACUUGUAAGCCUAAGCCAAAGCAAAAAAUGUCUGUGGAUUGAAACUGAGUUCUGCUCCCACUAUGCAUGAGUUAAGCAGGAGGGAACCUAGGCCCGGGCAUAGGGUGUUACCCCCCAGAAACCAGCCCCAUGGGCACAAGAGGCAAUGGAGUUUUAUGUAAAGCUGUGAGGAAGGCCUCUUUCAGAGAAAUAAGCUUGAAAUAAGUAAGAUGUUCAAGGAAGUUGUGAAAGAUUAUUUUUUGUUGUUUUUUAAAUAAGGGGGAAAAAAGCACUAUGUUAAAGCCUGAAUUUUAUAUUAGGGAUUGAGCUUGAGCUUUAUAUUAGGGUUUUAUGAAGUUGUGCAUGGUUUAAAAUGGGAUUUUGCACGUCUGGCUGGCAUUCCUCCUGCUUGAAUGAAUGCCUGUGGCCUGUACACCAUUCUGCUCAGUUCUUAGAGGUGUGUUUUACAAUCUUCUUUUUGUAUCUAUAUUUUUAUGCCAAGCAUAGCAGAGUCAGUCUGUAUCAGACUGGGAGGAAGAAUUUGAUCCUUUUCUCUCAGUCCUUUUUGCCAUUUCCCUAUCAGACCCGGAAAACAAGCCCAGGAUCCCACUAGAGACUAAGACAACAGGAGCUUCAGGUCCGCUGGAAUGUGGCAGAACUCAGCAAGGGAGAAAGAGAGUGGAGAGAGCUGGGCAUCUAAGCAUAGCACUCCAUUCCUAAGAGCACUGGGCAGGAGACCUUCAAGGUCAGCUUGUCCAACCUGACAGUUUUACGGAUGAUUUGAUCCAGUGACAAAGCCCAAGUCACAGGUACCUCACUGGAAACAUUGCCUGACAGGAAAGGCAGAAAGAUAAGAGUGGGUGAGUAUCAGGUGAAGAAUGAUGCCCUCGGGGCAGAGAGGCUGUUCUCAGGUGUACUGGUCAGUAUUUGGGGGUGACUAGUGACCCCAGGCUUCUCUCUGGUACAGGAACUCUGUGUUUUGGAAGCUCCUGGAGGCAUCAGUCUAGCAAUCCUGCAUACCAGCCAGGUCAUUUAGAAAGACAGAUUUAUUAGCUUUUCAACAACCCUACUCCUUUCUUUGUGACUGGGGCAAAAGAAAGCUGAGAAAACCAGAUUUGGGGGGCAUACACGCUCCUCUACCAUUUCUCCUGUCUCUAGAACUACAAGCUACACCUUCCCUUUCUUCCUUGGCGAGCCCAGGGAAGAAAAGCCUUAAGCCAGGAAACAAAUUCCUCACCUAUGAUUGUGCCUAGAGUAUAGUAGAUGAAACCCCAGCCAAGGGUAUGUCCCACCGUUUACCAUAGCCAGUUUGAGUUAAGUUGUUUCAUUGUCUUGGGAUAUUGAGAGAUCUGAGGAUAGAAAUUUCUGCUAGUCUGGAUUUUUUUUUUUUUUACACAGCACAGUACAGAAAGUAAAUAAAUUGCCCAGAAAUGUUGGCCCCUCUCCCAGGAUCAGAGUUUCUCUGCCAAAUCUAACCUUGGUUGUUGGGAUUUCAAACUGACCAUGUUAAACAGGAGGAUAACAUAAAUUCUCUAUUGCCAUGUGCAAAAAGCGGGGAAAGGAUUGGGUCUUUGCUUGGCUCUUAGCAUUAAAACUGAAAAGGAGUGGUGGAGAACCUGACUCUGGUCUAGUGUUGCUGUGCCUUGAUGGAUGUCUAACAAAGAUGAAGGACCCUGGUUCUCGCUUGAGAAGCGGUACAUGUCAGUGAUUGCAUGUGUUUUUUGUGUAUGUGUUUGUGUGUGUUUGUACCCACAUGUUUGUGUUAAACUCUUAGAGAUGGCAGACACUUGUCUUGGAGCAUGUGCCACUCCCCAGAUAGGUCCAUAUUUAUCUGUUUUGUACAGUCCCAUACAACUGGCUUGGCCCAGCAUGCUAUGGGGGUUGGCAUGGUUUUUUGUUCCUGCAAUCAGUUAUAUACAUGGGUCUGUUCUCACUCUCCUGCAUUGGUAUUUCCAUAAGACAGUAUUACACUUAAAUGAAGUAUUCAUUUUAUAAUCUUAAAAAAAGUAAAUAAAUAAAGCUAUCUAAAGUUA